AAAAUGCAGGUUUGCAACCACUGCAGCAGCAUGGAAGGAAGCUAGAGGAAUUUUAUCAAUUUGCAUUAGAGCUGACGUCUGGUUGAAGCUAUGGGACUUGUUCUACGUUUGGUGCUGCUAUGGUUGCUGCUUAUUGAAGAGCUUCAAGCAAGCACCAAAUCUUUCAAAUAUGGCUCUGCUCCUGGCAUUUGGGACACAAGCUACAAACGCCAGGUGCCCCAGCAGGUCAAGGUUGCCGCGCCGCAGGUUCCCAGCUUCCGUGCGGUGGCCCCGCCGCAGGUUCCCGGCUUCCGUGCGGUGGCCCCGCCGCAGGUUCCCGGCUUCCGUGCGGUGGCCCCGCCGCAGGUUCCCGGCUUCCGUGCGGUGGCCCCGCCGCAGGUUCCCGGCUUCCGUGCGGUGUCCCCGCCGCAGGUUCCCGGCUUCCGUGCGGUGUCCCCGCCGCAGGUUCCCGGCUUCCGUGCGGUGUCCCCGCCGCAGGUUCCCGGCUUCCGUGCGGUGUCCCCGCCGCAGGUUCCCGGCUUCCGUGCGGUGUCCCCGCCGCAGGUUCCCGGCUUCCGUGCGGUGUCCCCGCCGCAGGUUCCCGGCUUCCGUGCGGUGUCCCCGCCGCAGGUUCCCGGCUUCCGUGCGGUGGCCCCGCCGCAGGUUCCCGGCUUCCGUGCGGUGGCCCCGCCCCAGGUGCCCGGCUUCCGUGCGGUGGCCCCGCCCCAGGUGCCCGGCUUCCGUGCGGUGGCCCCGCCCCAGGUGCCCGGCUUCCGUGCGGUGGCCCCGCCCCAGGUGCCCGGCUUCCGUGCGGUGGCCCCGCCCCAGGUGCCCGGCUUCCGUGCGGUGGCCCCGCCCCAGAGUGGCAAACAUCACCACUAUGGAAGUAAAAGAAUAAAAGGCUCGAACUGAAGGAAGAUGCCUUUGAAAACUGCUUGACCUGGACUUGUCAAAACUUGUCCUAGGACUAUCUUUAAAAAAAUAAAUGUAAUUUUGUACUAA